AAAAUCAUACAGGUUUGGAAGUACUUGAGGGUGAGUAAAUGAUGACAGAAUUUUCAUUUUUGGGUGAACUAUCCCUUUAAAUUUACAAUCUGGAUGUUUGGCCUUAAGUUAGUCAUUCUAUUUUGUCAUAAUCAUGCAUUCUAGUGCACAGUAAUUCACCAAAAUGUAGAUGAUGUCACACAUUUCUUCAUCCUCCCUUUUAACACCAAACAGGAAAUUCAUACACAUAGAGUAGUGCAUUGUGGAUACAAAGUAGGCCUGUUAAUGCAAAGUGCUCCUGCUCUUGGCAGGAAUUAUCCUAUUCAGAACAUGUUGUCUGUGUCAGUUGAAUAGAGGCAGUGAACACUGAAUGAAGAGAAACCUUGUAAAUAAAACUGUUCUCCAUCACAUUAGCCCUGCUGCUGCACAACAAUGACUAUGACUCAAGAUUCUAGUCUGCACCAGUGGAUAUAAAAGAUCAUUUAUGAAUGUUUGGAAUACUUCCUCAUUUAACAAAGAUAAAAAAGAUAUAAUUAGUGCAGGACGUGCUGUGAUUCUGCUCUAAUCUACAGUUUGUUUUGAGUGGUUGAAAAAAUAAAGUAUGUGCACACACACACACAUAUACAUAUAUACAUAUACAUAUAUAUAUAUAUAUAUAUAUAUAUACACACACACACACAAUGUUUCUUUGACAAUAACUGUUUCUAUUAGUGGGGAUUAUAGAGAAGAAUGUACUCUUGUGAAGGAAAGGGCUGGGUGGAGGGGUUGCCCUUCCUCCUUCACCAUCAGAAUUGCACCAGGCAGACCCCAACUCUACUGAUGGAUAAACUGUUUGUUAAGUUUGUUGCCUCAGGAACGCUCCUUCUGUUUGGAAUUGUGUCUAUUCUACUCCUAACUGUACCUUUACAUGAACUGAGAGAGCCUCCGCAGUACAUGUAUGGGAUUGUGCUGGAUGCUGGCUCCUCACAUACAGCCUUGUACACCUACAGAUGGCCAGCGGACAAGUUAAAUGGCACAGGCGUGGUCGCCCAGCAUAGCGAGUGUCAUGUCAAAGGAGGAGGAAUCUCAGCUUAUGCUGGUCAGCGGGGUGCAGCAGGCCGCAGCCUCGAGGCAUGCUUGAAGCAAGCCAUGCGGGACAUUCCCCCAAAUAGACAUCACCGCACCCCUGUAUAUCUGGGAGCUACUGCUGGCAUGAGACUUCUGGAAAUUACCAAUCCUGACAGAGCAUCUCAGGUUCUUCAAGAAGUCAAACAAAAAAUCAAAUCCUUUCCAUUCAGCUUUCAAGGAGCAGUAAUUUUGAGUGGUCAAGAAGAGGGGGUUUACGGUUGGGUCACUGUGAACUACCUCCUGGAAAACUUCAUAAAGUAUGGCUAUGUGGGCCGGUGGCUUAACCCUGGCAGAAAGACAGUCGGAGCGCUGGAUUUAGGUGGGGCGUCCACACAGAUCACCUUUGAGACCCCAGAGACAGUUGAAAAUGAGAGAAACCAUAUGACCUUGCGUCUCUAUGGGCAAGAGUAUUCCCUCUACACACAUAGUUACCUGUGUUAUGGUAAAGAAGAGGCUCUGCGCAUGAUCCUGGCCUACCUGGUUACGUCACAGGGUAAUACUAGCAAAGUGUACCAUCCCUGUUACCCAUCUGACUUCACUGACGUCUUCAAGCUGGAGGAAGUGUUUGACUCGCCUUGUGUAGUGUCAAGGAGACCCAAAACUUAUGACCCUCAUUCAUGGAUCAGAGUGCAAGGCACCGGGGACUACCAAAGCUGCCUUGGCAACACUUCUGAAAUAUUUUACUUCCACUUCUGCCCCUUUUCUCAGUGUUCCUUUAAUGGAGUUUUCCAGCCCAACAUCAGCGGGGGCUUCAUGGCCUUCUCUGCCUAUUUCUUCACUCACAGUUAUCUCCAGCAAAGUACAGGGAUAAAGAUCAGCACCUCUGCUCAGCUAGAGGAGGCUACACAGGCUGUGUGCAGUAUGACCAUAGAAGAGAUGACCAGGAAAUCCCCCCACUUGAAAAAAUACCUGAAGGAUUAUUGUGCAGUUGCAGUGUAUAUACAAGUGCUAAUGCUUAGGGGUUAUAGCUUUGAUGAACAUUCCUUCCAAAAUGUUGCUUUCCAGAAAAAGGCAGGUGAGGCCUCUGUGGGCUGGGCUCUGGGUUAUAUACUCAGUGUAAGCAGCCUUCUACCAGAGGAACCUGCCGGGAUCAGAAAGGGCUUGUGUCCUGCGGCAUGGAUCUGUUUGUUGAUUCUCCUAACCGUCCUCCUCACUGCCACCGUCUGUUACAUGGCUCUCCUAGUGAUCCGGAGGAAAAGGAGGAAUGGAGGGUCUCAGAAUGACAGUGAUCUUCUCAAAGGCUUGUUGAUGGAUAACUUCUGUCAUGUGUGUGAAGCAACCCUGAUUCACGAGUCCCAGAAAAUUUCUCAUUAUGAGGGGAAAAAGCAUGCACAAAGGGUCAGGAUGUACCUGAACAACAAAGCUAAAAUGAUAAAGCCGAGCCAAGAAUGUGGAGGCCUAUUGAGAGGUCUGUCUGCAGAAAAGUUCUGCGAGCUAUGCAGCAUGGUGUUCAGCUCUCCCACUGUGGCCAAGUCGCACUACGAGGGCAAAGUUCAUGCCAAGAACAUGAGAAAAACCAAUCCUCCACCACCUGGAGCGCCCGUCGUAGAAUCCACAUCUCCUGUUGCCCUCCCAUCAGUGAAUACUGUGCAAAAUCCAAUCAGUCAGGAGCAGAGCGACACUUCUGGUUUGGUCGAUCAAGAGGUUGACCUCAAUGAUCCCAACAAGUACUGUGCUCUGUGCAGCGCUUCCUUCAACAACCCUCUGGUUGCUCAGCAGCACUACAGCGGCCGGAAACAUCAGCGGAACCAGUCCCGACUUGAAAUGCUGGACCAGAUGGGGGAACAGUCAGAACAUGUGAGCUCCCUGACUUGUCCGAUUUGCUGUCUGACGCUCAGCUCAAUAGAGAUGUACCAGGCACACAUGCAGGGUAACAAACACUUCGUCAAAGAGAAGAAAGUUAUUGAGCUGUGCAAAUCUCAGAAGAAAGUGUAUGACUCCUUCCAGGAUGAGCUGGCUGACUACAUCCAGGUGCAGAAGGCCCGGGGACUGGAGCCCAAAGCAGGGCUGGGCACUGUGGGACAAGCAAGCAAGGUUCUGGAUGAGAGUGCAACAGAAGGUCCACUGACAGCAGAAGAGAUUCCUCAUCCUGUCCAGUUGAUGCCCCAUCCUGGCCAGUUGAUGCCACGUUUUCCGCCUCCUGGUUUCACUCCACCUCACUGGCACCCACAAUUCCAGUCUCAGGUCACUAAGUUUGGCUUCGGGGUGACUGGUCCUGUCCCACCCUAUCAGCCGGGAUAUAUACCACAUUCCCGUCCUCCAUUCAUACCUGGUCAACUAUAUAAAAAGGGGAGGAGCCCUGAGUCAUUUAGCUCCUCCUCAUUCUCAGGCUCCUCCUCCUACACUAGCAGCAGUAGUGACAGCAGCAGCAGUUACGACAGCAGAGAGAGGAGGAGACGGAAGAGAAAGAUGAGAAAGCAUGGAAAGAGCAAAAGAGAUCAGGAGGAUGGGUCUGAUAUGGAAAAGAGAGGAAGGGAAGGAGUGGCGGAACGAGGGGAAAGGAAAAAGAGGCGGAAGGGAGACAGGAGAGGAAGUGUAGAAGGAGAAGAUGAUAGAAAUAAGAAAUGGAAGGAGAGAAGAAAAAGAGACAGAAGCUCUAGUGAAGACGAGGAAAGCAGAAGUAAAAGGAGACAAAGCAAGAAAAGCAGGAGGCACAGGGAUGGACAUCAUGACAAGAGACGAAAAGAGGAGCUCUUGGAGAAACAAGAGGUUGAAGUGCAAAAUGAGGAAGCACAUGGAAGGAUGGAGGAACAUGGGGAGGAAAGGACAGAAACAAAAGAUGGCAAACAAAAACACAAAAAAGAGAAGAAAAAAGGAAAAGAGAAGAUUAAUCAAGAAGACAACAGGACAGAGGAGGAAAGGCUCUGGGAUGAGACAAUUCUUGGUGUUUUUUAAAGACUUUUCGUUGAUGGUUUGUCAGUAUUGUUAAUUAAUAAAACUGCACGGGACCUCAGAAGAGCACUGAAAUCUCCUGGACCCAUCUCACUUUUUAUGCUCUCUGAAGAACUCUAAAGGCCUUUUUUUCCCCAUACAGAAACUCUCAAUUCCUUUUUAAAGGAUCAAAAAAUGAAAAUUUUGUCAUCAUUUACUCAACCUCAUUUCAUUUUAAACCCAAAUUACUUUAUUUUUUCAUUGGAACACAAAAGUAGAUGUUUUGAAGAAUGUUCAUGCUACAUUUUGCCAGUGCAAUGGAAUGGAAGCUGUCAGUCUCCAAACAUAUGUAGUCAAUACAACUUGCACACUAUAUUCUGAGUUUUUGUGAAGUACAGAGAAAAAUUUGUUGAUAUUCACUGAAAAUAUUGAAAAUUAUUCCACAUAUUUAAGAGUUCUGCAGCAUUAAUCCACUUUCACAGUGUGGAAAAGAGCAGUGUGAACAUUAUCUCCUUUUGUGUUCCACAGAAUAAAGGAAGUCAUACAAGUUUGGAAUGACAUGAGGGUGAGAAAACGGUGUGAAAAUGGUCAUUCUAGGAUGAACUAUUCCUUUGAAUGCUCAGGACUACAGAGUAUAUAGGAUGUCUCUAGAGCUGCACUUCUCUCUUGGAGAAAUCAGUAAAAAUUUUAUACCUUGUGGUGUAAUGCAAAAACACACUACAUGAGCCAUCCACCCAUGUAUCCUUCAACUUGCUUCAUGCUUUUCAUCAAAUAAAUCCCUCUCACUGUUUAUAUCAGCAUAGAUUUAGUAUUUAUUGUUGAGUGUUUUCUAAAAAUCUCAUACAUGAACCUUUUCGUAUGUUCAUGACUUAAUAGAAGCAUUUCCACUUUUAGCCUCAAGGGGGUGCUGAUUGCCUCCAUGUACACUGUAUCUGGAUCAGCCUUGAAAUGCCUUUCAGACUCCGACUCUCAAGAAAGAUGUCAAUAAUGAACGUCGAGAGUAAAAUGAAGAGUUUGUCUGAAUAGAGGUCAGAUUUGCAUAUCUUAAACGUUUCCCUGUAUCAGAAGAGCUGCAAUCCUUUGUUUUGUUGCAUUUCUGUGUGUGCGAAACAGUAAUGUAACAUCAGCCUCAUUUGAUGCAGCAGUAGCAUACAGGAAUAUUUUUUGUUUGCAGGUCUAACAGGUGCAGGAGUUGAAUGAGGACACGACUGCUACUCUGUUGACCUCUUUCUUGCAUAGAGCUGCAUUUCCCUUUUUGAGACUUCAGACAAAUAUAACAAUCAAGAAAAGUGGUUGUGCUGCAUAUCUGAUAUCCAAUGGCUCCAUUAAACAAUUCUCAGCAA